GCGGGUGGGCGCGCCGGGGGGGAGGUGCGCGGAGAGUUGGCUGAGGCGGGAGGUUGCUGUGGUCGCUGUGGUGGAGGCGGAGGGGGGAGGGGGUUUGUCAGCCGCCAUUGUCGCGGCGAUGGAGGCGUGGAUGGGUGGGCUCUUGUCGUGCAGCUGGUAGGCAGCGCAUGGUUGAAGGUCAGUUGCGAUGCCGAGAUGGUGGAGUCUGGGGUACGGCUGGGGUACCGAGGCUCAGUGGUGCUCCCCGCGCGGCUAGCCGGAUUUAUCGACACCACUACUUCGCGAGUAAGUCACGGCUUUCAAGAUGCUUUCUAGAUGUAACGCUCUGCGGUCUCGAGACAGUCGUUUAAAGUGAACCGAUUAUCAACUCGACGACAGGCAAACUUGAGUCUUAACUGAUACGCGCCUACAAUUGACGACCUGUACAUACUUCGCCAUGUCGAGACCACCACAACGGCCUAUCAAGCGUCUGCUCGUCGCAAACAGAGGCGAAAUUGCAACCAGAAUCAUAUCCUCAGCCCGGGAACUCAACAUCGAGACCUUCAGUGUAUACAACUCAAACGACCAUUCCCACGCCGCCACAGCCACCCACGCCAUUGAGCUAUCCUCACCAGCAGCAUUCAUGAACAUCGACGAACUGAUAGCAAUCGCCCAAAAGCACAACAUCGACGCCGUCCACCCCGGCUACGGCUUCCUCUCCGAGUCCGAUGUGUUCGCGCAGCGCAUGUGGGAGGAAGCCGGCGUCGCCGUCGUCGGGCCCGGGUGGGCCGUGCUGGCCAGCACCGGCGACAAGCUCAAGGCGAGACAGCUGGCCGAGCAAUGCCACGUCCCCGUGUCGCCGGCGCUGCAAACGCCGACUAGUAAUGUGGACGACGUGCGCCGGUUCGCGGCGGAGAUCGGGUACCCGGUUAUGAUUAAAGCCGUGGAUGGCGGCGGUGGGCGCGGUAUCAGGCUGGUUCAGAGCGAGGGGCUGCUUGCGGCGAACUUCAGGCGCGCGGUCGAGGAGAGUCCGUCGAAGCAGGUGUUUGCGGAGAAAGCGGCGGUUGAUGGCUUUCGGCAUGUCGAGGUGCAGAUUAUCGGUGAUGGGACCAACGUAACGCAUCUGUGGGAGAGGGAGUGCAGUAUCCAGCGCAGGUACCAGAAGGUGGUGGAGUUUGCGCCGAGUGUGAUUGAGGACCGGGCGUUGGUUGCGCGGGUGAUUGGGGAUGCGCUGAAGAUGGCUCGUCAUAUUCACUACUUCUCCCUGGGCACCUUCGAGUUCCUGGUCAACCCGAGGACGAAAGAGUACUACUUCCUGGAGGUCAACCCCCGUCUCCAGGUCGAGCACACAAUCACCGAGUCCAUCUCCAUGACCGACAUCGUCACAGCCCAACUCCUCCUCGCACAAGGAGCAUCGUUGGAGACCUGCGGCCUGCCCACCACCCCUCGCCCCCCCGAAACCCCUCCCCUGGCACACUCGAUCCAGCUGCGCAUCACCGCCGAAGACGUCGAAAACAACUGGACUCUCUCCAUCGGCAAAAUCACCAGCUUCCGCUUCCCCACCGGCAACGGGAUACGCAUCGACACGCACCUCACCGGCGGCCGCCCCGCCGUCGUGUCCGCCGACUACGACAGCCUCAUCGCCAAGGUAAUCGUCACUGCAUCGUCCUGGCCCGCCGCGGUCCGGAAAGCCCAGCGCGCGCUGCAGGACACCGACAUCCGCGGCGUAAAAACUAAUAUCUCGGUGCUGCGUGCCAUCGUAUCGCACCCCGCCUUCCUCGCCGGCGAGUGCGACACGCAAUGGCUGGAGCGCAACCACGCGGCCCUGCUGCACACCUCGCACCGCCUCGCAGCCCCGAUAUCCCACUUCCCAGAACCCCCAACCGCACUCCCGUCCCUGGCCGCAGCCGCAACUACGAUCCCCCCCUUCCGCCCCGGCGACUCCUGGACCCUGACCCUCACCCCGACCACCCCCAACGCCGCCCCGCAAACCCACCACCUCACCCUCACCACCCUCCUCCAAAACAACUUCCCCGCCGCCCUACGCGCCCGCAUCGCAUACACAACCCCCACCGCCACAACCCCCUACACGCUCAGCCUAACCUCCACAUCCGCCUCUGCCUCCGCCGCAACCAGCGCCCAGCGCCGCGCCGACCCGGGCAACGCGGGCCACGUGGCGAUUCCGUUCCCAGGCCGGCUGGUGGAGGUGUGUGUUGACGAGGGGGAUUUGGUCAGGGAGGGCGAUGUGGUGUGUGUGGUGCAGCAGAUGAAGAUGGAGCUUGAGGUGCGGGCGGGGAGGGGCGGGAGGGUGGGGUGGGUGUUUGGGGUGGAGGAGGGGGCGGAGGUGGAUGUUGGGUGGCUUGCGGCGGUGGUGGAGGCCGAGGGGGGGGCGAGGCUGUGA